CUCACACACGACGCACAAGACGCCCAUGUCGACGACCACCUUCAUGAUCCGCCGCAUCUCGCGCGAGGACGAUGAAAUCAAGCAGCUCCACGCCACCGCCAUAAAGUGUAAGGAGCAUAUCCAACAAUACUAUGCAGGCAAGGGGGGCAUUGGUGGCGGAAACGAUGUGCUUCCAGUCGAGUGCCACGAAUUCCUCCCUCACUACAGCCGGGAGAAAGACGCGACGCCAAAACAAGUCGUGGUACGAUAUGGAAUAACUCCUUUAAGCGUUUAGCUGCGCCGACGCCAAACCCGCCAAGUCGAUGGCCCACUGACUUCAGCGGGUCAAGGAGAAAGCUGCUCCGUGGGCGUUGUACAGAAGUAGGAGUAAUGUUGCAAAUGUAAUUGGUUGAGCUGAAUGACUCUCGC